GUUCUUCCUUCUCCCGCGGCGCUGCGGACGGGAGACACCUGGUCCCUGCCGCGGGAGCAGCAGCCCGGCGUGGGAUGCGCGUUCCCCGGUUACGGGACCCGACCGCUUCCCCACCGGAGGCUUCCGUUGUUUUUUUCCCAUCCCCCCUCCCCUCCCGCGCUGAGGCGUGCAGCCGCGCGGUGCCUGCAGCUGCAGCCGCGCCAGCCUGCGCGAGCCGUUCGCGCCCGCUGCUCCCCGGGCCCGGGCACGAUGACCAGCGGCCAGGAGUGUCAGGAUGUGCAGGGCAGUGGUGAUGAUGUUUCCUCUUUAAAAGCAAAAGUAGAAAGUUAUGGCACUAGAGAGGAUGACUCAGCUCAAGAGUGUAAAUCAGGAGAUGACAGUUCUGAAAAUAACUCCGAAAGUAGCUCUGAAAGUGAGUCAGAUACUGAGGAGACAGAUAUAAGAAAAUCAGAUGAAGCAUUGGAAAAGAAUGAAUUGCUGCCACCUGUUGAAUCAGAGGCUCAUAGCCAGUUUCGUUGUGAACAUGUCAAGACUGAACAUAACCAGAAAGAGCAAGUGACUCCCAGAAAACUUUCCAGAGGACAAUUUUGGUUGAAGCUGGAGGCAGAGGGAACUUACCAAUGUACUGUUACAGGCUUGAUUUUCGAUGUAACCAAGGCUGCUGUAAUAAAAUAUUCUGUGUUGUCUUGGAGCAAAUAUGCUGAUUAUGUUAAAAAACCAUGGAUAGUUGGUGGCCCUAUAUUUGAUGUCAGUUGUGACACAGCCUCUGUUCUUACUUCCAUUCAAUUCCCACAUUCCCUCAGCCUAAAUGAUCAUGAAUCUGACAUGACAUUCAAAGUUUUACAUAUUAAAAGUACUGGUCCAGCAAUUGAGCCUUCUGUUGAUCAUUCAAUGACGCAUGUCAAAUGGCAUGUGAGUUCUCUCUCUCCAGUAGGACCGGUUAUUCAAACACAAGAGCCAGUACAUUACAAUGGGGCUGUAAUUUUAUACAAAGUUGUCAAUAAUCACCCUUCCUUAUCAUUUCGUGUGUAUGUAGCAACAAACAAUGAUUCAUUUAUAAAGGAUAUCUCGAAUGCAGUAAAACAUUCUGAUAAGAAAUUCAUCAAAAUUGACAAGCCCCCAGUUUGUAAAAAACAACUACAAGAUGGAAAGAGAUACAGAUUAAUUAGUGAAUCAGAAGCUGAAAUAACUCCUGAGGAAAUUGAAUUUGUUGAUGGCUCCCUCUUAAAAUUAAAAAGUUAUUUUGAAGUCUACUUGGAGCAACCUAUGGAGUUUACAUUAUCUUUGAUUGAACUCGAGUCUGAAGAAAUUGUCUGGAAAGCAAAACUAAGAGAAUGUGACUGGAUACUACAUGACCAGAACAAGAAUGAGCGGAAAAGAAACGCAAUCAGUAACAGAAGACGGAAAUCAAGCAACAGCCUUUCUGACGAAGAAUUUUAUAAUAAAAGGCUAAAGGGUAGAGAUAUUUCAGCUGAUUUGUAUCCUGUGUGUUUUUUAGAUGGAACUAAAGCUAAAACUACGUUAACUGAUCAGCAACUGAUGACUCUUGCAAAGAAGAUGGGUAAAGAUUGGAAAGAAAUUGGCAUUGAAUGUCUUAAGUUAGAAAUGAAAGAUAUUCAGCAGAUUCAGGCAAAAGAAGAAGAGGUUAAUGUUCAUAAAUUCCUGAUGUUGGAGAAGUGGAGGAAAGGUGAAAAGAGUAAUGGAACUGCGCAAAAUUUGUAUGACAGUCUCAAGGAUCAUGUGUCAUAUGAAAUAAUACAAAUACUGGAAGGUUUUUUGUAGCAGACAUGAGUUCAUGGAGAAACAGCUAAAAGGAGAACUCUCAGGGGCAUUCAGCUGCAUAAUGGUUUAAACUUUUCAUACUGUUAAAUAUGAUUUAAUUGUGGACUCUCUCUACAGUUUGGAACUCAGGAGACCAGUUAUGAAGAUACAAGCCAUAAACAAUCUUUGGAAAAGUUUAGACAAAACAUUCUUUUGGGAAAGCGUGUGAAUUGAAUUUUGCACCAAUGUAAAUUAAUUUAACAUUUUCAGGAGUAAUUAUUCAAAUGUUUGGAUACCAGUCAUAUUAACAAUAUAGUUGACACUGAAGCAGCAAUCCCAAUGCAAUUUGAAUCUCCCACGGACUUCAUGUCUCCUUUGAACCAUUCCUGCUAGGUGCUGAACAACUCAUGUGAGCUAUCUUAACCCACCCUUGAAAACAGCUCACCCUUUCCAACUAUUUGACAAUAUUAAACAUUUUUAUCCAGUUCCAUGGGUGAUUUCCACAGAGAUUAGAAAUGGCUUGAGGGGCUCAUUAAUGUACCUCUCAUGAUCACUUAUAAAACAAUACUGCCAAUUUCACUGUGUACAAAACAUUUCUCUGUACAUACAUUCAGAGGCUCAGGAUGGGUUGCCAUGUACAUGGUGCAUAAACCCUUCAUGGUAAUGCAAUUACAUGAUCAUUGUGUGUGUUUGUGUAUACCGCCUCUUUGCUAGGCUGGUUUUAUGUUUAUUCAAAGGUGAAACAUUAGUUUCAAUGUAGCACCAAUACGUACUAAAGGCAGCUUUAACUUUUCUCAGGCAGGGCCAUGUUGACUCUACCGUGUCUAGUUCUUCACACAUUUCUUAUAAGAUGAGUUUGUAUGUUGUAUAGCUUUUUGUUGUAUUAUAAUCAGUGUAAAAUUAAAUGCAUUUUUAGUAUUGGACUUUUUUACUGUUUUUAACUUAAAUUGAACAUUAAAAUGACAGGUGUGUGGGCUAGAAAUAGAAAAAUUACUAAAAGUUUUAGAAAAGCAAAAGGUCAAUAGAUAAAUCAGCAAACAGAAAACACAUUUAUAGGUUUUUAAGCUUUUAAAAUACUGUUAUCUAUAAUACAGAACUGCUUCCUUGCAGGCAAGAUUGUGGUCUAGUUUUAAGGGCUCCUGUGGAUGUCUCUGUAUUGUCUCCCUUUGAAUGUGUACUGGUUUUGUGUACUUUUUAAAAUAUGAAUAAAAACUGAGAAAUACCUA